CCCGAACAUAAAAAAUGCAAUCGCUUCCAUACACUUCUUGGCGACCUGCCCAAUUUUGGCUUCGACCAAGGUCUGCACCCUUGUGUAUAUCAUUGUCACUUAUGAGUGCGCAGCGACAACAUGCUGUAUCGAGGGUUGCGAAAGAUACGCAAGGUUGCCCAGCGCCUGCCGAGCUGGAACGUCAAGAUGGAAGCAGCUUUCAAAUUCUUUCAUCGCUUGCAGCCAUAUCUACUAUGGCAUGGCCCACCGGGAUAGCUUUUGCAGCAGACGCGGGCGUGGCAUACAAUCCAUCCGGUGGCGACGAAUUUUUGAAGAAUUUGGCUGGUGUCGCAUACAUUCUUUUAGUUGGCAUCUUUCUCUUUAGGCUUUUCCGCAAGCGAGCUGCGAAGGCUAAAACUGAGAGGAUUGCUGGUCAAGCGCCCUCUGGCCCGACCUUCUUUGAUGAGCUGCGUCAGAAAGUGGGCGCGCCGAAGCAGUCCAAGGCGACACCUGUCAAUGCGUUCAUUGGCUGUGGCCAGGCGCUCGUGCUAGCUUACGGGCUGUGGUUUUUCACCACGAAGGUUCAGGGGUCCAUUGAGGGCCAAGCUCUCCCAGAUGGAUACACUGCCCGGAACAUCGCCAUCACCGUCCGUACCAUCAUUCUGGGACUUUGCUACCUGGCCACUUUUAUUUUCGCAGCGAACGGAGUGGGCCUAGCUGGCUUAUCGGUUCAGCUGCUGCUCUUCCCGGGGAGCAUCACCGACGAGGAGGCGGAGGAGGAGGAUGCCGCAUCACGCGGUCCGCAGCUUCCUAAAGUUCGCAUUACUUCACGUCCCGAUGAGCUCCGGGCAGCAUUCAACGUCGCGGAGCGAUUGGGGAAACAAGAGGCCCAGAAGGCGGCGGCGACGGCGACAGGUGCGGACAGCGGCCGCUCAGAUGCGGCAACGGCUGCUUCAGGUAGCAGCUCCAUGGCGUCUUCAAACCCGUCCUCCGACCCGGUCGACACUAAGUAG